UUAAAUCACAACUUUGUUGUUUGAGUAGUUUAGUCAUAUGUUUUUUCGUGAAGAUAUUAUAUAUAUAUAAAUUCAAAGUAACAAAAAGACGAUUUSCUCUGGUACUCCAAUUACUGCUCGUUUUCAAUUGGUAAAUUCAGUUUAACAGGUGGAUGUUUCCUACCAGAAAUAUGUGCCACUUUAGAUGAAAACACCCGUAAGACACAUUAACAGGGAAAACCACUACAGUAACACGUGGAUUUAUGAGAUAUUUUUUGACACUGGUUUCGAUUUUGGACCCGUGAAAGCUGAAACUGUUUUGAUUUAUCACCAAGCAAAGACCUCUGCUCCUUAGUCGAGAAUGGAUGUCGGUAACUUGAAUGCCUUUCAAUUCACCAGCUUUGCCGUGGUGUCRUURCUGCUUCUUAUUUUAUUUAAUCAUUUGAUCAGUCUUUUACUUUUGAAUGGUACAUCAGCGUUUACGGGAACUCUACUGGCUAUGAUGUUAUUGAUAAUUCUUUGUUUUUAUUGGCAUAAGUAUCUAAAAAAGUCUCCAACCGCUCAACGGCCAAAUCUUGACCGUGAAUUUCUUAUGAACGCGUUACGGUCGGUAGAAACGUCAAAAAUACCUUACGUAGUGGAUCGUUUCCUUGAGCUCGAUAGAGAAGGCGAGAUAAACAAAGCACAGCAAGAUAAURUCGGUGCAAUUCCCGUAGAAAGACGCUGUGUAGUGUGUCUUCAUUCUGAGGCUUGUAUAAGAACUCUACCGUGUGCUCAUAGAGUGGUAUGUGGCUGGUGCGCUUGGCAGUCGCUGAAGAUUUCUUUUGAAAAUGGCGCUCCACAUCGCUGUGUCAUCUGUAGAACUGAAAUUGAGGACUUCACUGGCAGUCUCAUCAAAAAUCUCAUGAAUAUCAAAUGGAAAGACGUUAGAAAAAUUGUGGAUGAGAUUGAAAGAAAAUAGGAAUGGGUGCAACURCAAGAGGACAUAUUCAAGAGAGGCUUGAGGAAUGGAAAAGAACGUGCAGGAGUUGUGUGUAUUUUGUUGACACAUAACUCCAUAUUGUGAUAUCAAGUCAUGUUAAUAAUGUUGAGAUUACAGUCCAUGCGAAAGUGAAACAUGGCAUUGAUUUUGCCAAUGAAGUAUCAUGGGAAAAAAAGAGUAAAAUACCUGGAGACUGGUAUCUAGUGGUCACUUUACCUUGAUGGAGAUGCAUAGGACAUGAAUGGAGGUGUCUGCGGCAAAUGGAGCCAGGAGAUCAGCUUGUUAUAUCCAAUCAGAACAUAACAUCUGCUCACUACAGGGGACUACAAAGACGCUAUUUGAUGGACAGUGAGUCAGUCAGAGGCCUCAAUUUUUGGCCGUCAAUAUUAUGAAAGAGACCACCAACGACAACAAAAACAAAAUGAUUUCAAAAUUGACUUUUUUUAUUUACAAUUAAAGUGGUAUAUAUCAAUAAAUCGU